AUCUCAAGAGCAGAAUAAUCCAAAGAAAAAAGUAAUAUCUCAUGAUGCAGCUGCUACUAUGAACAUAGAUAAUCCUAGCACAAGGUUUCAAAAGCAAUCUGGACACAAUAACAAAGUCAAGAGUCCAUCAGGUGAUGCAAGUAUCUAUAUGGCUGAUUUUUUAAGGAACAUACGGGAAGGAACAAAUGAAGAAUCACUACAAGUGAUGCCAUCACGCCCAGAGGCUCAAGUUGAGUUUCAAACCAAUAACCAUGAUGUUGAACAUGAAGAUUACAUUUUGAGGAAUAAGAAACCUCACGGAAUGUCAAAGAAUACAUCCCAAGAGAAGAGGAAUGCGAUGAAAAAAGUAACAUCUCAUGAUGCAGCUGCUACUAUUAACAAAGAUGAGUCUCACACCAACUCUCAAAAGCGAUCUGGACACAAUUACCAAGUCAAGAGUCCAUCAGGUGACACAGGUAUCUACAUGGCUGAUUUCUUAAGGAAGCUACGCGAAGGAACAAAUGAAGAAUCACUACAUGUAAUGCCAUCAUGCUCGGAGACUGAAGUUGAGUUUCAAACCAAUAACCAUCAUCUUGAAUAUGAUGUGCAAGGGCAUUCAAAUAUGGAUGCAUGGACAGCUGAAGAGAUUUUUGGUAGCGCGGUGUUUGAUAGAGCAAGAGAUGGAGAUAAUGAUAGUGAAGAUGAUGACGACGCCAUGACUUAUGAACAUGAUGAAGAUGAAGAGAGUGGUGAUGAUCUCAAUGAACAGGUUCAACUCGAAAAUGAUUUAACUAUAGAUGAAGGGCAACAAGGAUCAAAUUCUAUGGAAAAGAAAAAAAACAAGAGGUCCUACAAUGUUGCAUGCAGUGCAUAUGCGUGAACAUCGUGUAUGCAUCAUACUAAAUAAGUUUGGUCAACCUAUUGGACCCGAUGAUAAAACAUUGAAUGAGUUCUCAUCAUUCUUGGGAACAAUAGCUCACAACUAUGAGUUUGCACCACUUGUUAGUACCUGGUGUCGUAUGGAAAAUAAGGAUAGGAUGUGGCAAUAUGUACAAAAAGUAUAUGAUGUUCCCUUACAAGGCAAGAAAUGGGUAAUGAGCACAAUUGGAUCAUCAUGGAGGCUACAUAAGUGUCGGUUCAAGAAAAAGCUUUGCACAGACUAUGUAGAUGAUAAGACUAGAUGGCGAAACCGACCAAAAGAGAUUCCUGAAAGAGAUUUUCGGAUGCUCAAAAUUAUGGAAGUGCCCAAAUUACCAGAAACGAUGCGCUACCAACAAGGGUAAUAGAAGUCUUCGAAAGGAUAACCACACAACCGGUCGUGUGUCCUAUGCCAGAAUUCGUGCAAAAUUGCAAUCUACCCUUCCAAGCGGUCAUGACAUUCGCUUGUCAAUGAUGUAUGAAGUUACACGCAAAAGAACUGAGGGACGUGAAUAUAAAAAUUCUUUUGAAGAGACUGCUUCAAAAAUUGUUGAGUUACAGGAUCAUGAGGCACAAAAUAUAGACAAAUGUGAAGGUGCAAUUGAUGGAAAUUCCGUUGUUAUGCCCCUUGAGAGAAAUGGUAGUCCAAUAAUGUGUGGAAGAGGUGUUACCAAGAAAGACAUUGCUAAGGCAAAAGAGAUUGGACAGCCUGAUUCAAUGACACCAAAUGAUAUGGAUACAAUUAUGAGCACUUUGAGGAAGGAGUUUGAAGAGGAAAACGAGAAAAAAAAUGCUGAAAUAGAACAAAUGCGCAAGGAACGUGAGAUCGAGAAACAGAAAAUGAACUUGGUUCUAUCAAAGCUUGCUGCGUUGAUUCCAGAUCUUGAUCCAGCUUCACUUGAAUUAUAGAGUUGGAGAAAUGAAGUUACAUGUCUUCUGCCUAUUUGGAUCCUGGCCAGUUAGAAGAAUUUUAGUUGAUAUUGGAAGUACUCUUUGAUAUUUUGGUUUUCUUUUCAAAUUGGACAAUAUUAGUUUAUUAGUUUAUGAUACUUUAUUCGAGAUGCAUGUGUUCAGGAUAUUCUUUCUAGUAUAAAUAUGUGUUGGAUAUUUUUCUACAGAUUAUGAAUAUUUUAACACGAAAUAUUAUCAUUUUAUACAAAAG